AUGGCAGGAAUUGCCUAUUUAACUCAAUAUCCAGGAAAUAUCAACUGGGGAUACAAAGAUAUACAAGGAUAUGAUGAUAAUGAAACAAAUUAUAUUAAUCUUCGACUUACGCCUAGCGUAUUUUCGUCAUUCUGUUCAGUUUUAAUUUAUUGUUCAAUGAGAAAUUUAGGAUUUUCGAUUUCAACAGCAACAGCAGCUUCCUUCCUUACUCUUUUUGAUAUAACAUCUAUUGUUGAAGGUAGGUUCAUUCUAUCUGAUGGAAUGCUUCAUUUCUUCAGCUGUCUUCAUAUUUUCGCUUUUACAUUGUUCUUAAGGAAAACAAGCUUUCUACGAACUCUAUUCGCCGGAAUUACACUUGGAUUUGCAUUUUCAUGCAAGCUUACUGCUGGUGGUUUAAUUCUUUUGGAUGGAUUAUCACAAUUCAUUUGGCUCUUGAAGAAACGACGUCCAAUUGCGAAGAUUAUUGCCAGAGCAUCAUUGCUAUUAGUCCCAUGCUUCUCAAUUCACUUAAUUUGCUGGAUAAUCCACUUUGAUAUCUUAAAAUUCAAAGAUAACACUGGUGGAGCAUAUUCGGAAGAAGGAUUUUCGCAAUAUCUAUACAAUCCCGAUAUAAUGAAUAUUACAUACAAAGGCUGGAGACUUCAAAACCGAAAUCACUUAAAAACAAUAUUUGAAGACUUAGUAAGGACACACCAUGCUAACAUGAGAAUUACAAACCCUCAUCCGUGGUCAUCCAUGCCAAUAAAUUGGCCUUUUUUACUUGAUAAAUAUGUUAUGUUUUAUUCAGACGUAGAUUACAAAUCUAUUCGUUGUCAUGGAUCACCAAUGACAUACUGGUCCUCAUCAGUAUUUCUAAUUCUCACUCCUUUGCUCUUAUUUACCAGAAAACUCGAUUGGAGAAUUAUUAUUACAUUUUUCGGUUGGGCUUUUUCAUAUUUACCAUUUAUUAUGGUUCCUCGUGCCAUGUACCUAUAUCAUUACAUUGUUCCGAUGUUUUUCGCUUCAAUGAAUUUGGCAGCAGUUUCUGAAUGCGUUUUGAAGAAUUGGCCGAAGAUUUCUCUUAUAUUUAACAUUGUUAUUUGUGUCCUUUCCGUUACAUGCACGAUGUACUUUGCUCCAUGGGUUUAUGGCUAUCGGUGCAUGGAUUGUGAUGAAAAACUCGGUUGGAUAAGAAGAUGGGAGUUCGGACCACCUGAUAAAGUUAAUUUCUUUGGAAUUGAUUCAAUCAAUACAACUCUCAUCACCGGAUCUUUUGUAUAA